AAAUAAUCCACAAAUAAAGGAUUAAUUGGAUAUUUGGAUCUCCUCGGAAGCAUUUAUGACUUGUCAAAUAUCGAAAUACUCGCUUCAGAGUUUUAUUUCAAUGUUAAAAGCGUUUUUCGACCUGAUCAACUGAAACAAGUUUUCGGCCGCUUUUUUAAUAUGGAAGAUCUUCCUUCAUUCAUUGGCUAUUUUCCGAAUUUGAAGCGACUCCACUUGCGACUCUGUAAAGCGGACAAAGUUUUUUACAAUGGUCCGAAUUCGUCUUCGUUAAAGAUUCUUGAACUUAGUACAACAGAUUUUGUUGGAAAAUUCAUAGGACUUCAUUUCAUGGAUUUUUGUCCCUCUUUGGAAAGCGCUUUCAUUGGUUGCCGGGCAAAGAAUAUUUAUGUAAAUGAAUCGAUAAAGAAUUACAAUCUAAGAGAUUUGGUUAUCGAAAAUGUCGAAUGGAUUCGUUCUGGUAGUUUUUCGUGGCCACUACUUAAAAAACUGGUGUCUAAAUUUCCUAAUUUACAUCAUCUAGCAAUCAGACACUUUGUUAAGCUUAAUGUUAGUAAUUUUGAUUUAGAAAAAUUGAUGAAACUAUUACCAAAGUUGAAAAUAUUGGACUUGAGAGGAUGUAAAGUGACACAAAUCAGCUGA